CCUUUCCUAACCCAGCUUCGUGAAUCAGGGCGCGCAAGAGAGACUUCCGACCAUGGAAAUGCGCCGGAUCUCCGUCAAACGGCGCAUACUCUCGCUGUGCUGCACCUUGCCGUUAGACCACACAAUACUGCCUCGGACCCAUGCACCAAUGUAUGGAGUCGUUUCUUGUCCUGCUGAACAGCAGUAGCAGUAGUGUAGUCUACAUAGUAGCAGCUCCAACACGUGACGCACACCAGACUGACAUCCUGUCACCACCCAUCCGGGGAGCACGGUCGGUGCUACCUACUUCAUAGAGAGAUAGCGUCUUCGUGUCCUGAAACGACCAAAAGGGUAGCAGCCGGGUUGAUAUGGACAGCAGUCGAAAGGUUCACGACAAUGGUGUGCACGAGAUCUUCGUUCCCGGCCGGUUGUGCGUAUUAGGCGAGCACACCGACUGGGCGGCGGGCUACCGUGACCGAAAUCGCGCCGUUCCUCCUGGUUUCACCGUCGUGGCCACGACAAGGGAGGGCCUGCAUGCUAAAGUGCAAGCCAGGGCGGACGGGAGGCUCAUGUUCAAGGCCGGCUGCCCAGACGCAUCUACGGUGGGCGAGGGCGGCGGCGACGGCUCUACUGGCGGAGACGGGCAAACCGCCGCUGCUGCUGCAUCUGGGGGUGCUGUUGGUGCUGCCGAUGGGGUCUCGACCUUGGAUGUAGCCUUGACGGAGGAGGCUCUGAAGGGCGUGAUCGAGGCCAAGGGGUUUUUUAUGUACGUCGCGGGAACGGCGCUCGUCGUUUGCUCCAGGUUCGGCCUCUUCUCCCGGCCGCUCUCGUCAGCCGCUGGCGGAGAUCACAGCGCCGGCGGCGUGACGAUCGACAACUACCUGACCACCCUGCCGCUCAAGAAAGGGCUCAGCAGUAGCGCGGCCGUGUGCGUUCUGGUCGUGCGUGCGCUGUGCCUCGCGCACGGUCUAGAACUGACCGUUCAUCAGGUGAUGGAGCUGGCGCACCUGGGCGAGGCUCGCGCGGGCAGCAAGUGUGGGCGGAUGGACCAAUGCUGCGCACUUGGUACCAACCACGUGGCUGCCAUGUUCUUCGACGGGGAAGACGUGCGCAUCUACGAGGUGGCUCCGCCGGAGAACGGGAUAUAUUUGGUGGUGGCCGACCUUAAUGGCUCCAAGGACACCAUCAAGAUGCUGGCGUCCCUCAACCAGUGCUUCCCCCACGCGAAGGAUGACUCCGAGGAAAGAGUGCAUCGUUAUAUCAGGGACAACGCACAGCUGGCCUGGAGGGCGGUAACCGCGAUAGAGCAAGGCGAUGCUCAGGAGCUUGGCAGAGCCAUAACAGCGGCACAGUCUAGCUUCGACGAGGCCGCGAUACCUAUCUGCCCUUCCGAGUUCUCCAGCCCUUUGCUGCACAAGGUCAUGUCAGACCCGAGGGUCAAGUCGCUGACGUGGGGGGUCAAAGGCGUCGGUGCCCAGGGGGACGGGAGUGUUCAGAUGCUGGCAAGAGGGCGGCGGGAGCAGGAGGAGCUUACGCUAGUGCUCCGAGAAAUGGGGAUGACCGGCGUCCUACCCGUGAGGGUGAUACGACCGACGUCGACAAGCGGAGACGGAAGCGAGACUGCGGCCGGGGUGAACCAUCCAACCACCACGCCGCCGCCGCCUCUACAAACUUCGAGCCCAGUACCGCUGCGCAUGCUGCACCCGCGCAGGGUCAAGUCGGCGGUUAUCGUGGCGGCGGGACUCAGCACGCGCAUGUUCCCGGCGUCCGCCGUGGUUAAAAAAGAGCUCUUUCCAAUCGUCGACCAUGACGGGGUCUGCAAGCCGGUGAUCCUGGCCAUCAUGGAGGGGCUUGUGGAGUCGGGCAUCGAGAGGUUUGUGGUGGUUGUGCAGGAGAAGGACAUCGCGGUGUUCGACGACUUCUUCUCGAUGAAGGCCGUGGAGAAGCACAAACACAGGUUGAAGCCCGCGCAACGAGCUUACUGCGCCAGGAUAGAUGCGCUCCGCCCGAGGAUAACGUACUCCGUCCAGGAGCAGCAGGAGGGCUUCGGACACGCCGUAUUCUGUGCGCGCGACGCCAUCCUCGGGACCGAACACGCCGGCCCGGGCGUGGCAGAGGCCGCCCUCGAAAACGGAGGCCUCACCAGCGGCAGCAGCAGCAGUAGCAGCAGCGGGGAAGACCCGGAUUCGUCUUUCCUGCUGGUUUUGGGCGACCACCUGUACCGGAGAGGGGCGGGCACGACAGAGGCAUGCGCCAGCCAGCUCGUGCACGCCUUCCUGGAGCACGGGGAGGCGGGGAAGCCGGCGAUCGGGCUCAAGGUCAUGGGAGAGAGCUCGGUGUCUCCGUACGGCGUAGCGGCGGGACAUUGCGUCGGGGACCCUCCCCAGCACAUCGUGGAGCGUUGGCACCGGGCCGCGGCCGUACCAACAAGGUCGGCGGGCGGGGCGGGCGGGAACGGCGCUCCGACGACAUCGCCAUCGGCGGCAGCAGCAGCAGCAGCAGUAGCAUACACUGAAGCCCAAAGACCGCCGCUCCCGCUUGGCGGGCGCGUGUACCGUCUCACGAAGUUCGCCGAGAAGCCAACGGCGGAGUUUGCGCGCGAAAACCUUGUCACGCCGGGCCUCGGGCCUGCAGGCGGUCAAGGCGGCGAGGGGAGACACCUGGUUGUGUUCGGACAGUACAUCUUGCCAGCCCGGCGCACGUUCAACAUCUUGGCAGAGGAUAUUAGGCUAGACCGCCGGGAAAGGGGAGAGUUUCAGCUGACGUCCGUGUUGGACCGCAUGAGGGAACAAGACGGCGGCAUGCUAGGCUGCAUCAUUCACGGAGACGCGUUGGACAUGGGAAUUCCAAACCCAUACGUGAACACCAUGGGCGCAUUCGCCAAGCCGCACAGCAGCAGUGCUUGAGACUCACUCACCGCGGUUGAAUGGGGGGGGGGGGCGCUUAGGAGAAGGGAAGGAAUUUUCCUCGACGGGGGGGUCUUGCCACGGCGUAUUCAUUACAUGUGGCGGUGUUUCCGUGUUUUUGGUGUCAUACGGUGUGGUGAAUUGAGACAAACGCCUCCAGGAUGUAUGACAGUUGUAACCUUUUUAAAUAGCUAUUUUCAUCGCCCUGGGUAUUUGUUUCCCGGGCGGUCUUGCCCCUCUGUCGGAAGAGCUCCGACCCGCGGCCCAAUAUCACUUUCUUAUGCAAUGCAUGCCUUCAUUUAUUAUCGCGAGGAGGGGUCAGCAGUCCCCUACCUACGGUGCACUCGUUAACAAGCACUUUCAUUUGUGGAAGGUGCGAGAUGCAGGGAAAAGCGCAUGUUUUCAGAGAUUGUUAGUGUUCCUUCGGAGAUGAAUAGCAAUACGUCAGACAUAGUUUGUUAGUGGGAAUGCCAUGUGAUAACUAUUGUUUGCCUUGAUCUGUUCCGUUUGAGCGAAGCGAUUGCUUUUCCGGACCAGCGACGCCGACGAGGCUCCAGCUACCCAGUUGGCGUUGUCCCGCCCCAACCCCCGCCUUUCGAGUACAUUGGUAGCUCUCGGUCAAGACGGGUAUCUAUUCAGGGAUGGUUUACCUGUUCUACACGUGAAGUUGGAGGUGUUGAGCGCGAAGUGGCAUAUGCACACAAAGUAUUUGGAAUGCGGCCUAGGUAGCAGCCGCGAGGCUGUGUUUCUGUUUUUUUCUGUUUAUGGGGUUCGCGAUAGCAUUCUUUUGAUUUCACCUGUGCUUUCCAGCUUAAUACCUGGGACGUUGUAAUGUAUUGCCGGCUCUCGCUUUAUGUGUUGGAGAACCGAGGAGGGAAAAUAUGUGUGCUGCGUUGUGGCCACUGAACACAAUCGACCGCCGUGCUAGGAGCAUAGUAAGCGCUGGCAACUCCGUGAGUGCCACUAGGCUGCACGCUGUAGCUUGAAGGCAAGGUCCUCUUGGCGGGUUGUGGGCACACCGUCAGUAGGUUAUGUUGGAGAUGUCGCGUAUCCACGAAAGCGACUAAUUGUAGCGGGUAAUGCACCAUCGCGGUCUGGGAAGGAUGAGAAUCGGUGGGUUUUCGUCUGUUUAGCCUGUUUAAUCUCGGAAACUACAGUCAAACUUGGGGGUGCUAUAAAAAGAUGAGGAGAUUGCGUCAGAGAAGCGGCAGGCCAACGCGCAGGGGUGGACGCCUCAGUUGGGGCGGCUUCGCGGAAAAGGGUGCAAUCACCACAACCCCCUGUGUAUCAUGUUUAUUAAGUACCCUGUUGGUAUCCUCUUUUGCGAAUCCCGGCGAGGAUGUGGGGUCAAUGUCCGCAACUGUGUUUAGAACUGCUCUCGGCAGCUGUUUUGGGAGAUC